ACGUGCUUGGUCUGUGCAAGGCGUUAUCGUCUUGCUUGGGGUUUGGGGGUUUAUCUGCAAUCUCAGUUAAACAGAUUUCACUGAAAUUCAGGUUUUCAUUUCUCACUUUCCAUACAGUUCAGCAGAAAGCUUCAUUGAACUAAACCAUGACCUCGUCACUUCUUUCUUUGUAACCUUGUUUUUCAUCGAUGGACAUUCUCAAAAUUUCAAACCUCUCUAACUUUUCAAUCCCCUCUUUCUGCCAACCCAAAGCCUUAAAGCUCAAAUUCCCACCAAACUAUAACAAACCCACAUCCCCAUUUCGCAGAACCCCAUUCUCAGUCUAUCUGUCACGCUCUACCGCCGUAAAAUUUCAAACUUGGGCGCAUUCCGGCCGCCCCACCAAGCGCCGCAACUCCCUGAGGAAGAAGCUCCUCCGUGAUCACAAGGUAAUCCCUAAUCAGAUUCCCAACGACCCUCUUUCUGUUUCUGGUAAUGGCUUUAAAGAGAGUGGUGUAGGGGUUCAGGGGGAUUCUGUGGUUGACAGUGUGGUUGAAGCUGAAAAAUCAAAGUCCAAGCUUUUGGGUGAAUCUGUUUUGUGGAAUAAGUUGGAGAGUUGGGUUGACCAGUACAAGAGAGAUAUUGAGUAUUGGGGUGUAGGGUCUGGUCCUGUGUUCACUGUUUAUGAAGAUUCCCUUGGAGGUGUCAAGAGGGUGUUUGUUGAUGAAGAAGAGAUUUUGAAAAGAAGCAAGGUUAGGAGGGAUGUGAUUGGGGACUUCCCUGAAGUAAGAAGUAAAAUUUUGAAUGCUAAGAACAUGGCAAGGGAGAUGGAGAGUGGAAACAAUGUGAUUGCAAGGAAUAGUUCUGUGACUAAGUUUGUGGUUCAUGGUAAGGAGGAAGGUGGUUUUGUUAAGGCUGUCCGAGUUUUUGUUGCGAAGCCUCAAUUACUUCCUAGGCUUUCCAGGGUCGGGAGGUAUGUGUUAUAUGUGUUGGUUGUUAUGUGGGUGGUGAAGAAGUUAUUUGCUUUUGGUGAAGGAGAUAAGGAGGUGGAGUGUACAGCACUGGAGAAGGAAAUGAUGAGGAGGAAGAUGAAGGCGAGAAAGGAGAAGGAAAAGUUGGUGAAGGGUGCUGUUGAAGUUAUUGUUGAACCUUCGGAGACACCGGUGGUGGACAUAAAAAUGCCUAAGUUAGAUAAGGAACAACUAAGGAAUAAUAUUUUGAAAGCUAAGGGAUCUUCUGAUAAACUGGUAGUAGGUGAUUCAUCGGAUAAAAUAAAAGCUAUAUCCAUGGAGAUGGAUUAUAAAGUUCAAGAAAUAAAAGAAAUGGCUAGGCAGGCACGGAAAAUUGAGGGAAGAGACAAUGUUGUAGUUAACAAGGAUUUGGAAAUGGAUGACUCGGUGAUUAGGAAAUCAUCUGAUGAUAAUGAAUUCAUAAAAAGGAAGAGGGAACGAGAUGACAGCUUAAGUGAUAAUCAAAUUGAAGUUGUGAGGGAAACGACAGAUAGUAAUGUCAUUCUGCAAUCAACUCCUAUUGAUGUCCCAGAGAACAUUGAUAAUUCAGUCCUGCAUGAGGUAGUUCCUGCAGAUGAAGGCAAUGUACAUGUUUCGGAUGUCAUAGUUUCUGGUGAUAAGGAAAUCAAGAAACAGGAAAUAGAAUUUUCUGAAAAUAAUGUGCACCUGAAGGAUAAAGAAAAUGACAAUCCCUUAGAUACUCGUAUUAAUGGCUCAUCUAUGACAAAUGAAAAUUUUGUGAAGAAGAAACGCAGGAUCAUACGGUCUGUUAAGGAAGCCAGGGAUUAUCUUUCAUCAAAACAUGACAAACAAAAUCCUGGUGCUGGCACAGCAUCUAAACUUAAUCCCGUGAAAGAAAGUAUUACUGAUUUGAAGUCUUCAAGUGUUGUUGAUUUUAAGGACCAGAAGAGCCAGAACUUGAAGAUGAACACAACAGAAUCAAGAAGUGAAACAUUGGAUUCUAAGUCUUCAAGUGUUAGUGAUUUUACGGACCAGAAGAGCCAGAACUUGAAGAUGAACAUAGCUAGAUCAAGAAGUGACACAUUGAAUGGAACAUUGGAUUCUAAGCGUGCUAUAGAUGAUCAUGGAACAUUGGAUUCUAAGUCUUCAAGUGUUAGCGAUUUUACGGACCAGAAGAGCCAGAAUUCAAAGAUGAACAGAACUGGAUCAAGAAGGGACACACUGAAUAGAACAUUGGAUUCUAAGCCUGUUACAAAUGAUCAUGGAACAUUGGAUUCUAAGUCUUCAAUUGUUAGUAAUUUUACGGACCAGAAGAGCCAGAACUUGAAGAGGAACACAACUGAAUCAAGAAGUGACACAUUGAAUGGAACAUUGGAUUCUAAGCCUGUAAUAAAUGAUCAUGAGGAUUCUACUUUGAAGGAUAAGGAACUAAUCCCAAGAAAGAAUGACCACAAAGAUUCUGGGGUUGAACCUGGCGCAGGAAUCCAUCAAAAGUCUGUGACCACUUUUGAUAGUGGAGUUAAUGGCACUGGUACAACAAAUGGGAAAUCAGAAAAUUGGCCAGAGAAAAACCUCCUCGAAGUUGAGCAAAUCAUUAGUGAUGGUUUAAAUGGAUUAUCAGAUUCUAAGCCUUUCACAAAACCUAUUGAAGAUUCUAAUCCAAAGAAUAAGGAGUUUAGCCCAAUGAAGGAUGACUACUUCAAAGACUCUGGCGUUGAACCUGGUGUAGGAAACCUUCAAAAGUAUGACACCACUUUAGACCAUGAAAUCAACAGCGUCAGUACAGAGACAAGUCUACCUUUAAUGCCAGAGAGUGGUACUUUAAAUGGAUUAUCAGAUUCUAAGCCUGCCACAAAUCCUAUUGAAGUUCCUGAUCAGAAGAAUAAGGAAUUAGGCACAACAGAGGAUGACUACCUCAAAGUUUCUGGUGUUGAUCCUGAAAUAAGAAACCAUCUUAAUUCAGGUACCACUUUAGAUGAUGAAGUUAAUGACAUUAGUACAGAGACAAAGGUGUCUGGAAAGACUGAAAACUGGCUUGAGAAAAACUUCCAUGAAGUUGAGCCCAUAGUGAACCAAAUUAGAGUUGGAUUUAGAAAUAACUACAUGGCUGCAAAAGAGAGAGUCGAUCAACCUCUAGAUAUGCCCACUGAGAUGGAAUCACUUAGAGGUGUUGGAGAUGAUGGAGAACUUGACUGGAUGCAAGAUGAUCAUCUUAGGGAUAUUGUCUUUCGAGUCCGCGAGAAUGAGUUGUCUGGAAGGGACCCAUUUUAUUUGAUGAGUAAUGAAGAUAAGGACACAUUUUUCAGAGGUCUUGAGAAAAAGGUGGAGAAAGAGAAUAUAAAACUUUCUCACGUACAUGAAUGGCUCCAUUCCAACAUUGAAAAUCUUGAUUACGGAGCAGAUGGCAUUAGCAUAUAUGACCCGCUGGAGAAAAUCAUACCACACUGGAAAGGGCCUGCUGUAGAGAAAAUUCCCGAGUUUCUUAAUGAAUUCCUUGAUGAAAGAAAGACAGGUUUCAGCAGAAAUAUGAAUCCAGUGAAGAAGGAUGAGAGUGGCUUUGCUAUAACAUCGUCUGAUUCCUCUUCACAGGAAAAGUUUGAUGGCCCUACAGCGCCUACCAAGAAGUUGAAAAAUCCAAGGACUAUUAUUGAGGGAAGUGAUGGUUCUGUUAAAGCUGGCAAAAAAUCAGGGAAGGAAUAUUGGCAGCACACGAAGAAAUGGUCCCAAGGAUUUUUAGACUGUUACAAUGAUGAGACAGACCCAGAAGUAAAGUCCAUAAUGAAGGAUAUGGGGAAGGAUUUGGAUCGCUGGAUCACUGAAAAAGAAAUAAAGGAAGCAGCUGAACUAAUGGACAAACUCCCCGAUAGGAAUAAGAGUUUCAUGGAAAAGAAACUCAACAAGGUUAAGAGAGAGAUGGAGUUGUUUGGCCCGCAAGCAGUGGUUAGCAAAUAUCGUGAAUAUGCAGACGAUGAAGAGGAAGAUUACUUAUGGUGGUUAGAUCUUCCACACAUACUGUGCAUCGAGUUGUACACAGUUGAGGAGGGAGAGCAGAAAGUAGGACUUUAUUCAUUGGAGAUGGCUGGAGAUCUUGAAUUGGAACCUAAGCCACAUCAUGUGAUUGCUUUCCAAGACCCCAAUGACUGCAAAAACCUUUGUUACAUAAUUCAGGCUCACUUGGAAAUGCUGGGAAAUGGUCAUGCCUUCGUUGUUGCACGACCUCCUAAGGAUGCUUUUCGAGAGGCUAAAGCAAAUGGGUUUGGUGUUACCGUCAUCAAAAAAGGUGAACUUCAGCUCAAUAUAGACCAACCACUAGAAGAAGUGGAUGAACUGAUUACAGAGAUUGGCAGCAAAAUGUAUCAUGAUAUGAUGAUGAAAGAGCGGUCUGUGGACAUAAACACAUUAAUGAAAGGAGUUUUUGGUUUUAAUGACCGCUCCAUCAAGAGGUUAAAGCGGAAGUUGAAGAAAUCCAGAAAGGGGUGAUGGCUCUGAAACUUUCAACAAUGAGACCAGUUGAAGACAGUGAAAAGUCCUCCACCUAAACAUUGAACACAAACCCAGAAAAACCUUUCACACAAUAAGGGAUUUUUCUUGCUUCCAGUGCAAAUACUUUUGACCAGACUUUCCUUCUCACGAGGGGAUGGAGAGAACACAUCAUCAGUAAGAUUUGGUAUCCUACUUCAAAAUUCCAGUUUUUGUGUUGUUUUUCCUAAGCAAAUUGAUUUGUAUAUAUUGAGUAACAUAUAUCUACCAACUUAGAGCUCCACUUGUAGAAAAAGUAAGAAGUGAGGAUUUUGAUUUAUUUUGUAUUGAAAAAAAAAAAAAACCUUUUUUACUAUAUAGUUUUAUAGGCAUGCAAGUGUAGAAAGUUUAUCACUCUGUUCACCAUUUAAAGUCAAUAAUUCUUCAUAUAUGUAUGUUGGAUUUUGAUAGCACGACCUUAUAAAUGUCUUCUACAUUAUU